AAGAACAUGUAGCUUGUUCAAGCUGCGUACGUUUCGAUGCAGAAGAAAGAAUGAGAUUGUGGCGAUUUCGCACUGGAUCGAUUCUUCGAAGGUUUUUUAUUGGAUUAGUCAUCUUAAGCAUAAUAUCAUGUUGGAUUUUAGUGUACCACGCUUCGAAGGAUUUGAAAGCUGUGAAACGUGCGCCCGUGUUCACAGAAGAAAAAUGCUAUCAGCGACGAACUUCAAGCACUGUUCAUUUAGGAUCUCCAGAACUCUACGAGUUAGGGAACAACAUAUCUCACAAACUAGAGAAAAGACUCUUGGUUGCAAUUCGAAAAACUUCCAUAACGUUUCGAGCGGAGAUCGCUGCAGAAUUAGAAGCAAAUCGCUUCCCUCAUCAAUUUGUUUAUCUCGAACCAGGAGACAAAACGGUUAUUCCAGAGCUGACGAAUUUUGGUGUUGGAAAGUUUUCUGCUGUGAUAUUUGAAAGCAUCAAGUUUUAUUUAGCGCUAGGAAAAGCCAACAAACAAUUGAUCGACGAUUAUUGUCGUAAAUUCGCUAUUGGAAUUAUUUUAUUUUCAGAACAAGAAGUGUACGAACCUGAUAUACAUGCAUUCAAAGAAUUUCACUUAGCUAUUAAGACGGGUGUUGACAAUCUUCAAGAUGUCGAACUUAAUCCAAAGGCAUGCUUACUUAGACUCACUCGAGCAGGCGGUAUCAUUGAGAAACCUACGAGUUCAAAAUGGAACGUGUUCUUUCCAAAUCAUAGCACUUACGAAGCUGUUGAAUUUGCGACACUGGAAGUCACGACUACAACAUUGCACCUCGAUAAUCAAGAGGACAAUUUUCUACAUGAGAAAGUCACAAGAACUCGAUACACUACAGUCCUUGCAGAUCUUGGACUCGUCGAUGGCAUACGACGUGUUUACUUCGGAAGUGGCUUGUCUUUUUGGCUUCAUAAGUUAUUGUUCAUCGACUCCCUGUCAUUUGUCUCUAGAGGGCAAUUUGCACCAUCCCUCGAAAGAAAAAUUGUUGUAGACAUCGAUGAUAUAUUUGUUGGAAGACCAGGGAUUCGCAUGACCAAAGAAGAUGUACAGGUAGUAGCUUAUAUAUAUAUUUUAUAGCCAAUGUUUCUUUUAUUUUGCAUUGAUAAAGCCAGAUAUCAUUCAAAACUCUUCUUGGCUUCUCCAUAGCAUUUUUAAUUAUUUCACAAACAUGCUAUUGAUUUGCUCAAUACAAAUAAUUGUUAGGCAUGUAGUUAUUGAUAGGCACAAAUUUUUGAAAAGAACUCAUUGUAGCUAUUACUAAAAUGUAAAUAUUUCUUCCUGCCCGCUGUCUUGUUGUAUAAAAACUGAUACUCUCCUUAAAAUUAAAGGAGAUUAACAGGUAAACAUCAAAUUUAAAUUGCUUUAAGUAGAUUAUUUUAAAUGUUUAAUUAUGUUCCUAAAUUGUGUCUGAAUAAUUUAGAGGCUUCUAAGAGAGAGAAGUUCACCAUAGCUACACUAUUCUUUUUUUGUAAAACUCUUUGAGAUGCCAAAGCAAGCAAAAAGGGAACAACAAAAACAAAACAUAUUUAUCUUAACAGCUAAAUUAUUACAUGCAUCAUCUGUAAAUAAGCUUACUUCAAGUGAAAAAGAGAUGCAGUUGGGUGUUCAUUAUUGUUUCAAGACACUUAUGAUACAAUAAUUUGGCCUAUGUGAAUAAUUAUUCUAAAACACAUGUGUAUAAAUAUAUGACUUGUACCACUGAAACCCAGUUCAUACAGUCUCCAAAGGGACAUGCCAACAUCUCAGAAUUGUCACGAUGUCUGUAUCGAGCAGGCAUUCAGAGAUAACUGCCAACUCAAUGACACUUGUUUUGUCAAUGCUCAGACUAAAGCAUACAUCUGUUAUGCAACAGGAUAUUGGGUUAUGUCUCGACUGUCAUUUAAAUGCAAUUGGGUGAACUUUUUGCUUGUGGAGUAAUUGUCCCAAGGGGGACUAGAAUUAGGGUGAGGGGAUGGGGAGCUCCCAAAUAAAAGGACGGGGAUGCUUGUCUUUUUGCCUAAGGGUGUACAUUGCAGAUUUUGUCUCAUUUAGGGUGUUCAGGUUGAUAAAUCAAUAUUUUUACCCAGGGCUGUCAACCGCCCAUGUCUUUAAAUAUUGAGAAUUGAUAGGGAAGGGAUGAUAUAUAGGUGACUUCAUAAGGUAUGACACAUGACAUCAUUUGUGCAAAAAAUGCCUGUUGACUCCGAUCAUCACAAAUUUGCAAUGGCACAAAACGCACAAAAAAGAUGUUGUUGGCAUUUGUAACAUUUAAGCUGAUUGGUUUACUUCCCACCAAUCACAUUAUCGCUUAAAUUACAAUGGCAUGCCGGAGUUUAUGAGGAAAUGUUUGACGUUAACAGUUAAAUAACUCAUACAAUGCAAAAUAUUUAAAAUUUUAUUGUUGGAAAGUUGAGUCAACAAGAAUGGCAAACUUCGGCAAUUAGCCUUGAGAUUUCAGACUCUAAUCUCAGGAGACUGGGAGAUACAGUCUAAAAUCUGGAGUCACCCGGAUUAUUUGGUAGAGUUGCAAUUGACAGCUCUGCCAAAUCUGUCAUAUUUGUUUCUCAACACUUAGUUGGGCAAGAAUUAACACUUGAUAUAAAACAGAGUGAAUAUGGGUAAAUUUUUAUAAUGGUGCGUGCCCCCACUGCUAAAGUUCAAGAUUUUCCUGGUUGCUUAAAUACACAUAAAUGCACGUCUUUCCAGCAUAACCCCUUACUGCCUCCUUCCCAAAAUAAGAAGUUUCUUGUGGAGGCCUCCUGCAGACUCCUUCAACGGUAUUUUCCCCAUCUAUGCCUACCCCCACCUGCAAGAGCCUAGUCUUCCCGCCCUGACUUAAUUUUUUCCUUGUCCUAUAACUUUUCUGGAGAGCACUGCUAUCCAUAAAUUACAGGUACAGUGACUGUCAAACCCUGCUUUACAGACACCCGCUUAAUAUGGACACCUCAUACCAUUAUGGACAGUUUGCUUUGCCCCUUGGGGAAAGAAAACCCUUAUAUUUUCUCUAAAUUCAACCCACUGAAUAUGGACACCUGUUAAUACGGACACUUUCUAUGGCCCCCUUCAAUGUCUGUAUUAAAUAUAUGGGGUUUGACUGUAUUUAUAUAUAACAAACAAUGUCCCAUCAUACUUUGUUGUGUUUACUGUUUCCAUAGAAACUUUAAAACACUAUGCAGUCAAGUUGUGUCUGUAAUGUCUGUAAUUAAGAAAAGCGAUAAUUCUGAAGGCCACAUACUAAAGACUAUGUGAUUCAGUUUGUAAACAUGGAGCGUCUAUCAUGUUCUAGUUGUUGCUAUUAUAUCAAUCUAUUUUUUUCUAGUAAAAAGAAAUUUUGCAAAAAAAAGUUAAUUGUGGUCUAUCACGUGCUGCAAAACAUGAAGACAAAGUGUGACUCGUUGUGUUGAAAAAUAUUUUUGUUUAUGCAAGAAGUCAUGCUUUAUUUUCUUUUUUUCAUCGGCCUGCUAGGACAUAGCAAGCUGAUAAAAUCGCAAUUGCACAACACACAUAACAAAAACUGUAAACACAGCAUUCAAUGUUAACAUCUUCAGGACAGUGACAAUCACUAUAGCUCUUAUGUGGCUGUUUGUUUUAGUACAGUGCGGGCCUGAACUUAGAAAACCAAAAUAUAUAAGUAAUAAAUGUCUGGAAAAUAUGUGUACAUAUGUCAGGCCAGGGGCAUACAUGAUCACGAGUCUGAAGUGACGGACAUAUGUGUUACAGGUCAAAAUUAAAUUUAGGUUAAAAUUUUUUAAAGCAGGUAGAUUCUCAAUUUUCUUUGUCUCCUAGCCCUAAUUAUUCAUGAAUUAGGGCUAGGAGACAAAGAAAAUUGAGAAUCAACUUUUUGUAGGUUAAAAUUUUUUUUACCUGAAUUUAAUUUUGACCUGAGAUAUAUGCAUCUGCUCUGAAAUGCAUCAUUGCAUAUUUAGACUCAUUAUUAUGUAUGAACUAUCUCUUUUAUACUUUAAGUGAAGCCUAUGCCAUACCCAGAUUGGUGUCCAUUUGGGGUUUAAAUCAAAUUUGUCGGCCAGCAUCCCUACUGACCUGCCAAAUGUUUUUAAUAUGUAUUUUUUUCUUGAUUGUAAAGUAUUGGACGACAGACAUCUUUUGAGUUUCAUUAUUUGUUUAUUGCAGGCAAUGAUUUCAGUUCAAAAGAAACUCCAAGAGCGGGUACCAGGCUUCCACUUCAACCUUGGUUUCUCUGGUGGUUAUUUCCUACAUGGUAAUGAUGAGGAAGACGAGGGGGAUUGGGAAUUAGUAAAGAAUGCCGACAAAUUUUGGUGGUUCAGCCACAUGUGGCUUCAUCAAAAAGCUCAUACACGGAACACUUUAGAAGAGAUGGUGGAAGAUCUGAAGAAAAACUUAGAAUUUGCCAAGGUGAGGGGCAGGCUGAAUGCACAGAAUUUUGAUUAGAGAUGCUAUAACCUUUUGAGAUCUAAAGUCUGGAGGUCUACUCUCUCUUUUGCAGUACCACCAAAUAUAAUCAACCAAUCCCCCCUGUAGCCCCCUUCCCUUCCCCCCCGAUAAACACCAAUUGACCCAGUCCCUAUAUUAUUAUAUGGUUGUGGCAGCUCAGGGCUUUAUAAUUAUAUAGCCUUAUGUAAGGUGUACAGAUCACCAAAAUUGACUUUUAUGUUUGUAAUGAUGUAACAAUCUUUGUUAGUGAAGAAACAUAUACAAAAAUGCCCAAGAAACCAUACCAUGUGCCCAAACAUGUUUCAAAAGUUUUGAAAAAUAAUGGAUGGUUAAAUUUGCCAGCAGCUGAUGCUGAGCUACUCCCAGUGUAUCUUAGGAAGAAAUAUUGUGGUUCACCUAUGCCUUGUUGUACCAUUGCAGCCCUGUUCGUGAUCUUGUGUCAAAUUAUCCCUUGCAUAACUGACAUGGAGCUUCUUCAGUACACUCCUUUAAUGCUAAGCAUUUUUAUUCUUUCCUGAUCUUGAUUACUAAGGGUGUGUUCGAUUGGGAAAUCUGGAUUUGGAUUUUAAAAUCCGGAUUUCGGAUUUGCAAUCGAACGCGAAAUCCGAAAACGUAUUUCAAUGCUUAGAUAUCUGUUUUUGGAUUUUCAUUUUUACCGUUUGAUUGGGAAAUCCGAAAAAGGAUUUGCUAAACUGUCCUUAAGAACAGUGGUCUUGCACGCCCACGCAUAAUUAGGAAAAAGAAGACUGCUGUUCACGAGAAGAGUGUUGCAAAUCCGUUUUUGGAUUUCUCAAUCGAACAGUAAAAAGGAAAUCCAAAAAAUCCGGAUUUGGAUUUCUUAAUUUAUACUACUACAUGAGAAAUUUCUGCAAUCUGAUUGGCUUAGAGCAGUGGUAUUUCAGCUUAAUUUGAAAUACCUACAUGUGAAAAUUACAAACCUUUUGCGGGUAGUAGUAUAAACAAAUAAUAGCAUGAUUCGUAUGUGAUAUUUGGUACAAAUACCACUCAUGAUAUUUCAAAAUUGUCUCAAAUUUCACCCGCCUAACGGCUCGUGAAAUUUAGGUAUAACAAUUUUGACAUAUCACUCGUGGUAUUUAUGCCAAAUAUCACUACAAAUCAUGCUAUUACCUAUACUGAAAUCCACCCUGAGGACGGAUUUCUGGGAGGUGAAAUCGGUUUCCGGACUUCACGUUCGCUUGGGAAAUCCGGAUUUAGAUUUUCAAAAUCUAAAUCCGGAUUUCCCAAUCGAACGCAUCCUAAGGCUCUGUGGGGGGUUAUGCUGGAAAGUGGAUUUAUGUGUAUUUAGUAUAGAGUAGCAGGUUGCAAAGAAAGUCAGUUUUACAGUUUGCCAUUCGGGCAAGUUGUUGCUGGUAUGUACUAGCUGAAGAGUCUUUUAAGUAGCCAACAAAAAUUUUUGAUGAGCAGCAUUGAUUACAGUUCUUCUGUAAUUUGAAUUUCCAAAAAAACUUCACUUGCCCUUGGGACAAGUCAAGAACAGGAUUCACUAGUGCGAUUGCAAAAUCCACUAGCCCUGGGCUAUCGGACACGACUUUCUUUGCACACUGAGUAGUGNUUAGGAAAAAGAAGACUGCUGUUCACGAGAAGAGUGUUGCAAAUCCGUUUUUGGAUUUCUCAAUCGAACAGUAAAAAGGAAAUCCAAAAAAUCCGGAUUUGGAUUUCUUAAUUUAUACUACUACAUGAGAAAUUUCUGCAAUCUGAUUGGCUUAGAGCAGUGGUAUUUCAGCUUAAUUUGAAAUACCUACAUGUGAAAAUUACAAACCUUUUGCGGGUAGUAGUAUAAACAAAUAAUAGCAUGAUUCGUAUGUGAUAUUUGGUACAAAUACCACUCAUGAUAUUUCAAAAUUGUCUCAAAUUUCACCCGCCUAACGGCUCGUGAAAUUUAGGUAUAACAAUUUUGACAUAUCACUCGUGGUAUUUAUGCCAAAUAUCACUACAAAUCAUGCUAUUACCUAUACUGAAAUCCACCCUGAGGACGGAUUUCUGGGAGGUGAAAUCGGUUUCCGGACUUCACGUUCGCUUGGGAAAUCCGGAUUUAGAUUUUCAAAAUCUAAAUCCGGAUUUCCCAAUCGAACGCAUCCUAAGGCUCUGUGGGGGGUUAUGCUGGAAAGUGGAUUUAUGUGUAUUUAGUAUAGAGUAGCAGGUUGCAAAGAAAGUCAGUUUUACAGUUUGCCAUUCGGGCAAGUUGUUGCUGGUAUGUACUAGCUGAAGAGUCUUUUAAGUAGCCAACAAAAAUUUUUGAUGAGCAGCAUUGAUUACAGUUCUUCUGUAAUUUGAAUUUCCAAAAAAACUUCACUUGCCCUUGGGACAAGUCAAGAACAGGAUUCACUAGUGCGAUUGCAAAAUCCACUAGCCCUGGGCUAUCGGACACGACUUUCUUUGCACACUGAGUAGUGUGAAGAGUCUUUAACAUCAAAGUAAGUGAUUGAUGAUAACCUUGUUUCUUUCUUUUUGACAAGGAACAUAAACUUCCUGUGAAUACCACUUACGCUGUUGCUCCUCACCACUCGGGUGUUUUCCCUCCUCAUGAUAUACUCUAUGAGGCUUGGAAGAGAGUUUAUGGUUUAAAAGUGACGUCAACUGAGGAAUACCCCCAUAUUUAUCCAGCAAGGUUCCGCAGAGGCUUUGUCUAUAAAAAUAUCAAGGUAAUAAUCUACAUUUUACAACAGUAGUACCAAGACAAGCAUUCUUGAAUAGUAACUAUACUUCGAUGUGUGGUGACAACAGUCAAUUCUCUAACGGCUGCAAUUUAAACUUAAGGGUAUACCCUAAAGUUGACCCAUGAUAAGGUGUAAGGGGUUAAUUAAAAGUCUUUUGAGUCAAUAGUGAGCAUAAAGGGGAUCACUGCUGGAUUAAUGACAACGCUUUUGUUGAUCUAGUAGUAAGUCCAAAGGUUAUAGCAUGCGUACAAGAUCCAAGGUCAAAAUGCUUAUGCUCAGUAAUCCUUUGCUUUGAACAAGUUCCAUGUGAUAAAAGGUCAAAAUAUGCGUGAUCAGAUCACGAGUGAUAGAAAAUCAAAAACUGUGUGGUCAGAUUAAGUUCUUUGAAUUCCAUUCAUUUUUAUUAGAAGUUGAAACAAAAUUCAAUAUAUGCUAAAAAAUGUGCAGCACAUGGGUAAGAGCAGCCUGGAAAUUAGGGUUGCAAACUCCACUGGUCGCCUGCAUUAUUAUUAAUUUCCACUUGGGCCAAUUUUUAGGUUCUUCCGCGUCAAACCUGUGGCCUCUAUACGCACACAUUAAAUCUAAAGGAUUAUCCAAGAGGAGAAGAGAGACUAAGAGAUAGCAUCCAUGGUGGUGAACUUUUCCAAGUUGUCAUUAAUAAUCUAGUAAGUAAUCAAAUAAAUUAUUAAUAUUACAAAAAAAUAUUAUACUUUAACACCAACAAUUGUUGAAAGUUUAGAAGAGCUUUCAGAACCCAUCUGGAUCUCCUCAUCAGUGAUGACGGUUGCUGUUAUUUGCAGCCUCGUUUUGAUGAGGCUGCAAAAUUGUUCCGUAAAUAGCCCUGAUCACGCCAGUUCAUUUCCGGCCACCACUGAUUGCCUUUUUUGUUUUGAUUUUAUUCACAGAUUUCUGUAUUCAUGACACAUUUGUCAAAUUAUGGGAAUGACCGCCUAGCACUAAUUGUCUUUGAUAGCCUAACAAAAUAUCUUCAGUGCUGGACUAAUUUGAAACUUAGCUCUGAGCACCCAACAGACUUAGCUGAGCGCUACUUCUCCAUGUAUCCUGAAGAAGUGGACCCCAUAUGGCAGGUAAUUUUCUGAUAAGUAACAUCAUACCCAGUGCAUGCAGAAAACUGGAAUUGCAACGACAGUGGAGUGCAAUUUCAAUUAGGGGGAGGUGGGAAGCUGCACUUGAAAACUCAUGCCAGAGACAUGAGUGGGGGGCAUCCACCCCAGCAAAUUUUUGAAAUCUAGAGGCUUGGAAAUGGUAUUUUCAAGGUUCUCUAAGAAAACUCAGCCUGGAUACGGUGUAAAAGGACAGGUACUGCUAGUGCUUACAGCCUGUACCUGUACCCUCCCCCCACCCCCCAAAGAAAGUGCAGGGAGGGCUAGGAGCAAAAAGCUAAAAUGGAUGCACACGAUGAUGAUGAUGGCAAUGAAAACAUUGCUGAAGAUGAAUUUGUGUCCUUUCAAACUUUAUCAAUAUUUGUCAAAUGUAGGCAAUUUCUCCUGGAGUUGAAUCCAGAAGAGAAAGGAAACUUUGUUGACGUAUGUUCAUCGCAUCCUUCAUAAAACAUCACACUAGGUGGUUUCACAUCGUAGUUGUGCAGUGGACAUCAAAGAAAUGUACUAAAAUGCGUGAUGCACAUCCAAGGCUGUUUUGCUCAUAAAACCAAUUGUUUUUGAUGUUGUUGUUGUCAUCCUCAUUGUGGUUGUUUAAGCUCCCUAUAAUCCUUGCUGGAACACUGUAAUGAUUGAUCUCUUUGUGGAUAGAAUCCCUGUUUGGAUGCACGCCAUAUGAAAAUCUGGAACCUCAACAAGAGCUGCCAUAAACUUCCAUCCUUCCUUGUUGUUGGUCCUCAGAAGACAGGAACAACAGCACUGUACACAUUUCUCAAAAUGCAUCCUGAUAUUUUGAGCAGUGAGCAAAGUAUCAACACUUUUGAGGAGGUACAGUUCUUCAACGGACAUAACUACAACAGAGGUGUUGACUGGUGAGUGAAGUUUGCUUUUAUUUCCUUAGAUAAGCAGCCAUUCUCCAGUUCCUCAUAGGAGUGGUAUGCAUGCCCUACUCUGAAUUUCAAAACCCUCUGUUUCACAUAUUGAGGAGGAUUAGCUCUGUCCCUGUCUUUAUUUUCUACUACUGUUAGUUAUUGAUUUUGUGCUUAUCUGUGUUGCCAUCAAAGUGUCAAUCCAUCUGUGUUUUGUUUGUCGCCAUUAUUUUUAUCUGUCUUAUGUUGCCUCAAGAUAAGGCCAUGUCGCCUGUCAGAAUUUAUGCUAACUGGGCCUCAUGUUUGAUUGAUAAGCACUUGCAAAUGUACACUCUCAUAAGCUCAACCCCCUCCCUCCUCCCCCUCUGCCCAAAAAAGGAACAGUAAUAGGGAAUAGAUUAACAGCAACAACAACAAUUACAGCAAAUAGAAAAAGAAAACAGCUACAAACACAAAACUUAAGUAAAUACAUGUGAUCUGUGUCCCUGCAGGUAUAUGGAUUUCUUUCCUGAUGUUACAAACAAGAGCAACACCAUCUUGUUUGAGAAGAGCGCAAAUUAUUUUGACAGCAAAGUAACACCAUUGAGGGCUCAUGCUCUGCUGCCAAAAGCUAAGAUCAUCACUAUUUUUUUCAAUCCAGUAAAGAGAGCUUACUCUUGGUACCAAGUAAGUUUACUAUGAUAGCUGUAUGGUACGUAUAUAAUUCAUUACAAGUUACAUCAGAGCUUCUCUUUAUUAUUAUUUUAUUUUUCUAGCUUUUGUCAAUUGUUGGCAUGGUGACUGUAACAAGACAGUCAACUAUGGGACCAUAAAGGUCCCCACAUCCAUGAAAAAUGGACCACACCACCAGGUUCACCUCCCUUAGUGUUUUUGAACAACGACAUGGGUUCUUUCAUUGGUGUCACAAAAACUUAGACCCGUAAAAUCUGUUGUGAAAUAACCCCUUACUGUUUCAUUUUCUUCUCAAAAAAUUCAUGCUCAAAGAUUAAUAACUUGGAAGACUUUCAGGGGCCAGUGAUAGCAAGUUUGACAUGCUGGUCAUUACUUGGCCAUGCUGCCUACCUGGUUUCAAUUUCAUGGCAGUUAACUGAAGCUAGGUACUGAGUACUCAGUUCUUAUGGAUAUUUAAAUUUGGGGGGGGGGGAUCCAGACCCCCCCCACCCCCCCUCCCCCCCCCCCCCCCCCCCACACACACACACAAACUCUGGAUCUGCCACUGCCUUCUUCAUAAUCUGCUGUUUCCACUAGACCUGUUCCAUAAUUAUUAUUGUUUUCUUUUAGCACAUGAAAAGUCAUGGCCUGGCUGCAGCGCAAAUUCCAUUCUAUAAAGUUUUGACAAGUGUAAAUACCACAGAGAAAAGGGAAGUCAGAGCUCUUGGUCAAAGAUGUUUAACACCUGGAUUGUAUGCCGAGCAUUUAGAGAGAUGGUUGUCAUACUACUCCCCUUCCCAGGUAUUUAUACUGUACCGAAUUUUGUUUCUUCACAAAAGUAAGCGAGAAUUCCAAGAGCCUGGUGUGUACUUAACGAUUCCUUAAAACAGAACAGUCAAGUGACAAGCUCAUUAUAUUUCUCGACUCGAUUCUUCAAAUCGGGACUCAUUUCAUUCUCAAGACUUGAUUUUCGAAAGUUUUGAGAUUCGAGAAUUGAGUCUUGAGUCUAGAGGAGCGAGAGGCUUGUGAGUGUCAACUUUUGAGCGGUACUGUACUGCACACGUGUUUCAAUCCUUUUACUCCUAACUGAGUGGCCAAAGUAAAAAUUGCUCCCAAAUUUCAAAUUUCCUUUUUAAUGUAAAAUUGUAAGAAUUAAUGCAGUACUAAGCAAAAUUUUUGCAGAAAAGGUUUCCACCAUAGGGUUUCCUCCACUGAUUUGAAAAGUAAGAUUGACAGAACUUCUUAUAACUUGGUCCAGGAGUUAAGUGGGCUGAGACUUAUAAUAAGCUUUCAUAAUGGACACCUUGCAUAAAAGCCAUUUACAGUGUGAAUUUCAUACCAGCUUUUAAUUAAAACAGUGACUGUUUUAUGUUUUUAGAUUCUUAUCCUUGAUGGUGAUAAACUAAGGAAUCGUCCUGCAGAUGUAAUGCUGGAGGUGCAAAGGUUUCUUGGUGUUAGUGUGUAUGAUUACAACAAACGACUUAGGUAUGUCUGUUAACGCUGUUAAUAAUUAUUUUUUAAAUUAUAUUUUCCAUUUCUUUUUAAAGACCUACCUUAUGGAUGUUAUCUCUAGUUCUCCUCCCUACCCCUCCUCCCAAAAUCUAGAUGUAGGAAAUUUUAGCUUGGUUAAAGAGUUACACUUUUUAUCCUCCAUUAGUGUUACUUGAAAAUGUCAUUGUCUUCUGGUCAUAUUACUAUUAUUAUACAAGAUAUUUCAAAUGGGUUUCAAAUAUUUAUUCACUGCUCUUUCAGAUUUGACAAGCGCAAGGGAUUUUAUUGCCAGGUGACAUCUCAUGGUGGCACAAAUUGUCUUGGCAAAGGUAAAGGUCGGCACUAUGGGCCCAUGGAUGCAAAAUCUCAGCGUUUCUUAGAAAGUUAUUACAAGCAGCCAAACAAAAACCUUGUGGACUUGCUUCAGCUAUUAAAAAAACCUCUUCCAGAGUGGCUAAAACCGAAGAGAUAAUUUAGUCGAUAGCUAGUCAGAAUUUUAUCUUUUUCUUAAUCUCGUAAGAGAAGCAAUUUUCAAUUUUCUUAUGACUGAAGUUCUUAAAUGUUAUUUUUAAUGAUAAUGUCAGGAAACUUACAAAUAGCAAAGAAUAAGAAUUUAUAUGUGUGAGAUAAUAAGUGAUCUUUUCUUUACAAAUCAUAAAAGUUUGAGGCCCACUGAUUAUUCCUCAGAGCAAAUAUAUACCUACCAAACUUAUCCAAACUUUCGAAAACUUACAAAAGAGUAACAAAUGUAUGCAUUUUAUGAGUAACAUUAAUAUUAUUACCGGUAUCCCAUUAUACCUUUAACUCUCAAAAUCUGACUAGUAAUUCUUCUUUCUGGCUGCUAUCAUGUCCUUAUACGUUAUUUAAGAGAAUUGAAAGUUGUGUCAAGAUAACAUCCUCUAUAGCUGAUACAUUUGUCGAUUCUCGUCACCUGUCUGCAGGACAUUGUUUUGAUAUUACAGGGAAAAGUACUUACAUGCAGAUCACUCCUGAGAGUGAAAGGGUUAACUUUUAAAGCUAAACUGAUCCAGAAGGAAUUUGUAUUCAGUUUGUUGGUGGGAAAUUUUUUUACAGCCAUUUAACCCUUUAAACCCUAAGAGUGAUCAGCAUCAAAUUUCGCCUUGUAAUAUCAGUUCUUUGUAAAACAGAGUGGUUAUGAGAGUUACGGACAUGAUCACACAAGAUGAAUUUGCUUGAUGUUUUAUCAACUUCUCCCCACUACUUCUGUAGGAAAUGAAUGUGGGCAACAAAUGAGAAUUCAUAUUUUGAUCUUGGGGUUUAAGGGUUAAGAUCCCUUUUUUGUUAACACCAGUAUAUGACUCUAUCAUUUGCAUUAACAUUUAAAACAUACUGACCAAUCCUAAUUAUCAUAAAAUAGUACUUGGGAAAAAUGUCACUUGGUCUGAUCAGAGUAGAACAUAUAAAAAUAUAAUAUACUUGAUAAAAAUACCCCUUUAUCACCUAGCUAGAAGCUAAAUGUUUACGCUAAACACAAAACAAUAAAAUAAUGUUAGAAAUAAUGGAAUUAAAAUUAACAUACAUUAAGCAGCUGAAAAUUAANAAAAUAUAAUAUACUUGAUAAAAAUACCCCUUUAUCACCUAGCUAGAAGCUAAAUGUUUACGCUAAACACAAAACAAUAAAAUAAUGUUAGAAAUAAUGGAAUUAAAAUUAACAUACAUUAAGCAGCUGAAAAUUAAGGUUUAAUCCAGC